AUGAAAAACCAUGUUUUACAAUUAACGAAACGUUUUGAUUUAACACCUCUACAGCAGAAAGAUAUAGAAAACUGGGUAGGUUUAUUAUCUCGCAAAAAUACCUUACCUCCUUCUUCAAAUUCAAAAUCAAAAUUAUCAUCCAUAUAUACAUUAGAUCCAAAACUCGAUAUUGUAGAUAUACAGAAUGAAUUAAUCAAAAAUCCGCCAAAAUAUUUGUAUUCGAUUCAAUGCGGAAAGAAAUUCCAAACUUCUACUCUGGUUAAAAUGACAGAGGAGCUAUUUUCCACAUUAAAAGAAAGUGGUGGUGCAAUAAUAGCAUUUCCUGAUAUAGUUGAUCGCAUUUAUCUAGAAGGAAUCGAAAUAGAAUUACUUAAUAAGAAAUAUCCAAGAAAAACAUUCGAAAUAGUUGACCCUAUUACAUUCAUAUCAGAUGUAAUACGAAAUACUCAACUCAAUUUAGUUGAAAACGAAAAUCGUAAAUAUGCAAGAUUAUUUCUUCCGCCUUACGAGGAAGAUGUCGUCGAAAUACUAGAUGUAGACUUGAUAGAAAAGCGUGCUAUUGUAAAAUUAUGGCCGAGAUUUAUUGAUAACAUAAAUAAUUCAACUAUUGGACCAGCGCCUUUUGAUUUUACGCGAUUUCAAAAUAUAGAAUCAUACAAAUGUAAGGUACACUUAUCAUUUGAUAAACAAAAAGUCGUUGAUGGCUAUAUUUACAAAGAUAUGAAAUUUUAUGGUGAAUUUUUGAUAAUGAAAGUUGAUUUGGAGAACUUAAUUACAUGGAGUUCCAAUAUUUCAGAUGAAGAACUAGAAAAAUUCAGUAAUGCAACAAUAAAUUCACAAAACACUUAUACACGACCACAAAUGCCCUCAAUUAAUAAUAAUCCACCAUCCGAACCAGAAAUUUCAAUACCAGAAACAAUUCAAGAACAAAAUACAGAAAAUAGUGAAAUUUCUGAACAAAAUGUUGAAGAAUCGAAUAAUGACCAUGAAGAAUUGAAUGUUUCAACCGAAAACGAUGAAAUUAAUUCUAAUCCAAAUGAAAUUCCAAAUGAAGUCGCAACUGAAGAAGUUUUAGCUGAAAAUAAUAGUAGUUUAGACAAUGGUAUUGAAGAAAUUCCAAUAGAAGAAGAAAAUGGCCAAAUUCCAGAAAAUAUUGAAUCAAUAUCUGAAGAAAAGAAAGAAAAUGAUGAAGAAAAGAUGGAAACUGUCGUACAAGAAGCUAACCAAAAUCAAGAAGAGCAGUUAAUUCCAACUGAAACUCAAAUUGAAAAUAAUUCUUUAGAAAUUCCUCCAGAAACAACAGGAAAUAUAGUAAAUAAUGAAGACAAUCAAGAAACAGAGAAUAGUAAUGAUAUAAAUCAAACAAUUCAAGAAAAUACAGAAAAUAUUGAAAUUUAUUUGACAGAAAAAGAAGACAAAUGUUCAGAAGAGGUUGUCAAAACUGAAGAAACAAUUAAUGAACAAAUAGAACAGAAUCAAUUCCAAGAAAUUGAACAAAUAACAACUGAAACUGCAGAAGUCAAUGUAAAUGAGGCAGAAUCAACCGAAAUCAUCCAAAAACAACCAUUAACUGAAGAAAUUGUUUCAAAUGAAGAGGAAAUUAAAAAUGAUCAAAUAUCUCAGAAUUCAGAAAGCAUUUCUAUGGAAACUCCAACAGAAACUAAUACUAAUGAGACCAUUGUUAAUGAAAACAAUCAAGAAGAAAGUGAAAACAAAAAUAUUUCUCAAAAUCAAGAAAAUGAUGCCACAACUACUUCUGUAGACAAUGGUAUUAAUGACAAUAAUAUUGUUAAUGAGGAACUUCAACAAGAAAUUUCAAAUAAUGAAAAUAAUCAAAAUCCAGAAAAUAUUUCUAUACAAACGCCAUCAGAAACUGUUACUAAUGAGAUCAGCAUUGAUCAAAGUAUUCAAAUCCAAGAAGAAAUCAAAAAUAAUGAGAUAUCCGAAAUUCAUCAAGAAAAUACCACAGAAACACCUGCAUUAAACAAUUGUAAUGAUAAUAAUACAAAUGAAAGCAACCAACCUGAAAUUUCUUUAAUUGAAAAAAUUGAAAAUAUUAUUGAAGAAAAUAUUCCUCAAAAUAUAGAACAAGAGCAAAGUAAUGACAUAAGUAUCCCAGAAAAUACCGAAAAUCAGGUUAUCAAUCAACCAGAAAUUCAAAUUAUUGAAAAAGUAAUUCCAGAAGCCGAAAACGCAGAAAGUGUUAACACAGAAGAUCAGAAACAGCAGAUCAGCCCAUGCCAGAAGCAAAAUGACUGGACAAUUGAAGAAAUUCCAUGUGAUGGCAUAAAUCAAAGAACAGAAACAGUCGAAGAAGAUCCAGGAGAAUUGCUUCAUAAUGUAGUCCUUAAUAUUCCACGUAUUGAUCGCUCAACGUCCAUCGGAGACCCAGAUGCGAACAUCUCAACUUCCCAUAAGCCGAAACCGCCAAUUGUACAAACUGCUCCUUCGAUACAGAUACAGUUUGGUAUCCGUCCUGUCCGCGGAAAGCAAAUUAGGUCAGAUGCGCAAUUGAUUGCACAACUUGGCGGAAAGAAGCAACUGUCGCCUCACGAGAUAGAAGAGAAGGAGAGGAAGAAGCAGGCGAAGCAGAAGAAACUAAUAGAAAAGAUGCAGGAACAGGCAAGAAUCACCGAACAAAUAAGACAAAGAAACCAAAAAAUUGAAGAAGAGAAAAGAAGAAUCGCUGAGGAAAAUGAAAGGAAGAUGGAAGAAGAGAGGCAAAGAUUAUUACAAGAAAAGCUCAGAAAAGAGGAAGAAGAAAGAAAAAUUAGAGAAAAUGAAAAAAUUCAAGUUGAUAAAAUUGAAAUUGAGGAAAGAAAGAAGAAUGAUCAGUUCAUUGGUAAUAAAGUUGUUAAUGAUGAUAUAAUAAUGCGAGAAAUCAUGUCAAGAAUGCAAGAAAAUAAGCAUAAUUUUCAUAUUAAGAAAUUAUUGCAUCCUUCUCAAGAAUCAACGCAAAAUGAUGAAUAUUUCCAUGCAGGAGAUAUUGUAACAGAUCCUUCUUCAAUGGAAAAGUUCGUUGUUUUGGAUAGAAACGGAAAAGAUUUGUUGAUUACGAGAUAUGAAACAACCAAAGAGAGUAAAACAGAUGACAUGAUGUGGACUGAUGAAUCAAUCACAUUUGCUCAGCGGAAAGUUUAUGUUUUUCCUGUUCCUGGAGAUUUAAUUGAAUUUAAUCAGGACGCCAUGGUAGUUAUUGACGUUACAAGCGGAUAUUGCAUUUGUAUAGAUAUUUUUGGCACUAUCAGACGUCUGGAAGCUAAUCAACCGUGGUCUAGACUUAAAGACCAUGAAAAUGUUAGGGAUAGCGCUGGACAGUCUUUGUAUAAGGGUGAUAGUGUAGCGGCUAUCUAUAACAGAGUCAGAUACAAAGGAAUUGUUGAUCAUACCUUUAAUGGAAAAGUUUUUGGAACAUUUUGGAAUCCAAAUAGUGCGGAUACUUCGAGUUUAACUCAUCUUGUGCUAGAUUCAAAUCAUGUGUAUCGUAUUUGUUGA